AUGGCUCAAUUGACCGAAGAAGAUUCACAAGUAAUUGUUAAUUUAAUUAAUUUUGAUCACUCCCCCAAUUCAUUGUUUGAUCAAUUAAAAAUUCAACUACGAAAUUAUAAGAAAUUUGUACCAUUUUCCAUGAAUUUUGAAGAGGUUGCGAAAAUAACACCAAUUUCCAAUUUAAUGUGUCAUGUUAAAGUCUCACCAUCACAUCAUUGUCUAUGUGUGUCUGAUACAGAAGACAACAUAAAGAAAAUUAAGUUUUUUGAAUUGACAAGCUUGCGAUAUUUAACAAGUUUUAAACAUCUUACACCUGUUGACAGUUUGUUUAUCGAGGAAAACUUUGAUGGCCAACACAAUGAUGCAAUUUAUUUUGGAGAAUUUGGGGGCAUGACAAAGUACAGAGUUAAAGACUUGUUGAUUUUGGGAGAAAAUGCACAGUUUUUAUGGAAAAUUGAAAAGAAAUACAGGUUUGGAAUGGCAAUAAGAGAAAUUGGAAAUAAGAAACAAUUAUUCAGAUUUGCUGGCGUUUCCAGAACAAUGGAUAUAAUAGAUGCUGAGGAGGGUAAAAUUAUUGCUGAGAUGGAUUUUGAACAUAUUCACAAGGUGUUUGGAAUUGAAUUUAUUACUCCAAAGCGAUUGUUUAUAUCAUGUCUGGAUGGAGAUUGUUGUAUAUUUGAUGAAGAAACAGAAAACAAAUGGAAACUCUUUAAAAUUAUUCAAAGUGUGGAUGAUAUUCGCCUUAAAGACUCUGCUGGAUUAACAGUUGACUAUUUGGGUAAAAAGAUAUUCCUCUCCAAUACUGGAAGAAUUAUAAUCUUUGAUUUUGAUGGAGAUGUAGUUGGCUCAUACAAGGCAGAUAUUAAAGUUCCUUGUGGUCUUGAUUUUGACAAGAGAACUGGCCUUCUUUAUGUUGCUGAUCAAUUAUCCAAUUCCAUUAAAAUUUUCAAGUAA